AUGUUGAUAGCGCAAAAACUACUUGUCGUUGUGUCUGCGGCUGCUGCUCUUGCCUCUGCUCAGACACCUUCAUAUCCUGGAGAGCUACUUAUUGAACCCCUCCUUAACAAUGGUGAGGACGAAAGAUUUGUUGAGGCGGUCUCCAUUAACGUUGUCAUCGCAGGCAUGUGUUUGAAUGCGGCGAGCGACAGCGAUGGCGCCAUUGUCACUAUCGAAGCCUGUACUGGAGCGACUUCUCAAAAGUGGACCUUCACUGGCGGCACUGUCCAAGUAUUCGGCACUAAAUGCUUGGAUGUCACUAAUGGAAGUACUGCUGAUGGUGUCAAGCUGCAAGUCUGGACUUGCUCCACCAACUCGAAUCCCAACCAGCAGUUCUAUUACACCUACGACAACCAUCUUGCUUGGACCAGUCACAGCACGUGUCUCGAUCUCACCGAUGGAAACCAAUCAGCUGGGAACCAGAUCCAACUUUGGUCUUGCGGAACCAGCCCCAACCAAGUUUGGAACACUGAUGACCAUGUCUCUUCUCUUCCUACUGUUUCGAUCAAUAACUCCGGAGGUGACACCGGCGGAGAGCUCGAUCCUCAUGGCGCUGAUCAGAAUGGAAAUCCGACAUGUUCUGAGCGCAACUAG